AUGUAACAUAGUAAUUUAUUAGAUUUUUCUUUCAGUGUGUAAAACUAAAAAGAAGCUGAUAUAGAGAAACAAAUGUAUUGUUUAAGAAUAAAUUCUUCAGCAAAUAUUUCAUCAGAUGAGGAGAACGAUUUGGAUAAGAAAAUAAAAUAAUUAUACAGCAAAACUAAGCAAGCUUUAUAAUCAUUUGAUUAGCAAUAAAUUAAGAAAAAAGUAAAGGGGUUAAAAAAUUAGAGUAAUUUCAGUAGCUAACUCGUUUGUAGUAAAUCAUUACCAUAAGUUCAAUUGUUUUUUGUAAAUAAAAUGUUUUGUCGAGAUCAUAAGAUUAAAGGGUUGACAGCAAUAUAAAGUUGUUAUAAGAAAGAGUCAUUAGAAAAAUGCGAUAAUGGUUAAUAACAAUAGAAAUCAAAAACCAAAUAGAAAUUAUAAUAUAAUAGUUCUUUUAGUAUUCCAAAUAGGAAGAUAUGCUACUCUUAGAUCAACAAUUGA